AUGAUCCAAGCUGGUGGCCGUACCCUGCAGGUUAAGGAGGCUCAAGUAUCAGACACUGGUCGCUACACUUGUCUGGCAUCCAACAUUGCUGGAGAGGAUGAAGUAGAAUUUGAUGUAAAUAUACAAGUUCCUCCUAGUUUCCGAAAGGAGUGGGAAGCUGGUAACACAGUAGAUGCAGGAAGAGGUGGAGAAAGUAAAGAUGUGAUUGUCAACAAUCCCCUUUCACUGUACUGUGAGACCAAUGCUGUUCCUCCUCCAGUUCUUACGUGGUAUAAAGAUGGCUAUCCCCUGAGCUCCAGUGAUAAAGUAUUAAUAUUACCAGGCGGCGGGGUGCUGCAGCUGCCGCGGGCGCGGGCUGGCGACGCGGGCAGGUACACCUGUGUGGCGGUGAACGAGGCCGGCCAGGACUCCAUCCACUACGACGUCCGCGUGCUCCUCCCACCAUCCAUCAGUGGAGCUGAUGGCGAUCUGCCUGAAGAGGUGACUGUGCUUGUGACCAAGGUUGCAGUGAUGGACUGUGCUGCAAGUGGCAGCCCUUCUCCAAGUAUUGCCUGGCAGAAGGAUGGCCAGCUCCUAGCUGAAGAUGACAGACACACCUUUUUGUCCAAUGGAAGGAGGUUACAGAUUUUGAAUUCCCAAAUAACAGAUACUGGCAGGUAUGUCUGCAUUGUGGAAAAUGUAGCUGGAAGUGCCAAGAAGUAUUUUAACCUAAAUGUUCAUGUUCCUCCAAGUAUUAUUGGUACUAAUCCUGAGAACUUGACUGUGGUAGUGAAUAAUUUCAUCUCGCUGACUUGUGAGGUCACUGGCUUUCCACCUCCUGAUCUCAGCUGGCUCAAGAAUGGGAAACCUAUCAGCUCGAAUACCAACACUUUUAUCGUGCCUGGUGCUCGGACUCUGCAGAUUCCCCGAGCCAAACUACCAGAUGAUGGUGAAUAUACUUGUAUUGCCAGAAACCAAGCUGGGGAAAGUCAGAAGAAGAGUUUCCUAACUGUCCUUGUGCCCCCAAGCAUUAAAGACCAUAGUGGAACGUCAGUGACAGUGCUGAACGUGAGAGUGGGCACCCCAGUGAUGUUAGAGUGUGAAUCCAAUGCUAUUCCACCACCAGUCAUCACCUGGUACAAGAACAGGCACAUCAUUUCAGAGUCUGCAAAGGUGGAGAUCUUAGCAGGCGGGCAAACGUUACGAAUCAAGGGUGCAGAGGUUUCUGACACGGGCCAAUAUGUGUGCAAAGCCAUAAAUAUUGCAGGGCGAGAUGAUAAAAAUUUCCAUCUUAAUGUUUAUGUGCCACCAAAUAUAGAAGGCCCUGAAGAAGAGUCAGUCAACGAAACCAUCAGUAAUCCUGUUACCUUUGUGUGUGAUGCUACUGGAAUUCCUCCACCUACAUUAGUGUGGCUUAGGAAUGGAAAACCAAUAGAAAACUCCGAUUCUCUUGAUGUUCACAUUUUGUCUGGUGGAAGCAAGCUUCAGAUUGCUCGCUCUCAGCUUCUAGACAGUGGGACCUACACAUGUGUUGCCUCAAAUAUAGAGGGAAAAGCUCAGAAAAGUUAUGUGCUUUCUAUCCAAGUUCCUCCUAAUAUUGUUGGCUCUGAAAUGCCUAGUGAGGUCAGUGUCCUCCUGGGAGAAAGCAUCCAGCUCGUCUGCAAUGCCCAUGGAGUGCCCACGCCUGUUAUGGAGUGGCUUAAAGAUGGAAAAAUAGUUGCCAGUGAUGAUUUGGAGAGACUAAGAGUAACUCCAGAUGGCAGCACAUUAAACAUUUUCAGAGCUCUCAGUUCUGAUACUGGAAAAUACACUUGUGUGGCUACUAAUCCUGCUGGAGAGGAAGACCGAAUUUUCAACUUGAAGGUGGACGUUCCUCCAACAAUAGCCAAUAAUAAAGAUGAACCAGAGGACCUCACUGCCCUUUUGGACACCUCCCUAAAUAUUGAAUGUACUGCUACUGGAACGCCAGCACCACAGAUAAACUGGCUAAAGAAUGGCCUUCCUUUGUCUGUCUCCUCCCAAAUCAGGCUGCUCUCAGCGGGGCAAAUUCUCAGACUUGCCCGAGUGCAGAUUUCUGAUACUGGUGUGUACACCUGUGUAGCAUCUAACAAGGCUGGAGUGGACAACAAACAUUACAGCCUUCAAGUUUUUGUGCCACCAAGCCUGGAUAAUGCAGGAGGAACGGAGGAUGUGACUGUACUAAAAGGCAAUUCAGCUUUGAUGAAGUGUCUUACUGAUGGCACGCCUGCCCCCACCAUGUCCUGGUUUAAAGAUGGACAUCCUCUGAUACUUGGAGCUCACCUGACAUCAAGCAACCAAGGAAUGGUCCUUCAUUUUGUAAAAGCAGAGAUUGGUGAUACAGGCAAAUACACCUGUGUAGCAUCCAAUGAAGCUGGAGAUGUCAGCAAGCACUUUUCUCUAAAUGUGCUGGAGCCGCCCCACAUCAAUGGUUCAGAUGAACCAGAAGAGCUCUCUGUCAUUGUUAACAACCCUCUUGAACUUCUCUGCAUCUCUUCUGGCAUUCCAGUCCCCAAAAUCUCAUGGAUGAAGGAUGGGCGCCCACUUCUGCAGAAUGACAAUGUUCAUGUCCUGAGAGAAGUCCUUCGAAUAACCAGUGCUCAGGUGGAGGACACAGGAAGAUACACGUGUUUGGCAUCUAGCCCAGCAGGAGAUGAUGAUAAGGAAUAUUUAGUAAGAGUGCAUGUUCCCCCUAACAUUGCUGGUACCAGUGCUCCACAGGACCUGACUGUGCUGCAGAACAGACAAGUUAUACUGGAAUGCAAGUCAGAUGCUGUGCCACCUCCAACGAUCUCAUGGCUUAAAAAUGGAGAACUUCUAGAGGGGGAUCCCUUGCUCCUCCUGGAUCCUCUGAACAAUGCUAGAAGCCUUCGCUGCCCCGUUCUAUUAAAAAUUCAAAAGCCCUUUGACUAUGUAGCCCCCAAAAAAUGUGUUAUUCAGGGAACUCCUCGAGUCCGAGUCCUGUCUGGCGGGCGCUACCUGCAGAUCAAUAACGCCGAGCUGGGCGAUGCCGCCAGCUACACCUGCCUGGCCAGGAACGUCGCCGGGGAGACCACCAGGGACUUCCUGCUGGCCGUGCAUGUGGCUCCUACCAUCCAAAGCAGCCCUCAGACUGCUGUUGUGCAUAUAAAUGCUUCUGUGGUGCUGGAGUGUGCUGCAGAAGGAGUCCCAGCCCCAAGGAUUACGUGGAGGAAGGAUGGGGCUAUUUUCACUAGGAACAAUACGAGGUAUUCCAUGUCAGAGGAUGGAUCCCUGCACAUCCACUCAGCACACGUGAGCGACACGGGGCGGUACGUGUGCAUGGCCACCAACGCGGCCGGCACCGAGCGCAAACGGACGGAUCUGCAGGUUCUGGGUUCCUUAGUAAUCAUUUCUCCCACUGUGGAUGACACUGCUGUCUACGAGUGCUCUGUGUCAAAUGAUGCAGGAGAAGAUCAAAGAGCAGUUGAGCUCACUGUUCAAGUGCCCCCAUCCAUAGCAGAUGAAGCCACAGACCUUGUGGUAACAAAGCUGUCUCCAGUGGUCAUCUCCUGCACUGCAUCGGGGGUUCCUGUCCCCUCAGUCCACUGGACCAAAAACGGCAUAAAGUUGCUUCCCAGAGGAGAUGGCUACAGAAUCCUUUCUUCAGGUGCUGUGGAGAUCCCUGCUGCUCAGCUGGCCCACGCCGGACGCUACGCCUGCGUGGCGCGGAACGCUGCUGGCUCUGCUCACAGGCAUGCCACCCUCCGUGUCCAGGAACCCCCAGUUAUCCAAACUCAGCCAGGGGUGCUGGAUGUCAUUGUGAACAAUCCCAUCCUUCUACCGUGCGAAGCGACGGGUACACCUCGUCCCGUCGUGACGUGGCAAAAGGAGGGCAUCAACGUAGUCACAACAGGCAACAGUUACAUGGUUCUUCCGAGCGGGGGUUUACAGAUAGCAAAAUCAACUGUUCAGGAUGCUGGCACUUACAUGUGUGUUGCUCAAAACCCAGCUGGCACUGCUCUGGGGAAGAUCAAACUGAAAGUUCAAGUUCCUCCUGUUAUCAAGUCCCACCCCAAGGAAUAUGUUGCUCCUGUUGAUCAAUCUGUCACCCUGCAAUGCGAGGCUGAAGGCUACCCAGGGCCAGAGAUCAGCUGGCAUAAAGAUGGACAACAGAUAACCGAGUCCAUUAGGAGGAGAAUUCUCAGCUCUGGUGCUCUGCAGAUCGUGUUUGUGCAGCCUGGUGACGCGGGCCGCUACACGUGCAUGGCAGCUAACCUGGCAGGGUCCAGCACGUCCAGCGUGGAUCUCGCCGUGCACAUUCCACCCAAGAUUCGCAGUACGGAGAUGCAGCACACAGUCACAGAGGACUCCCAGGCUGUUCUGUCCUGCGUGGCUGAGGGGAUUCCAACACCAACAAUCCUCUGGAAGAAGGAUAAUACACUGUUAACAGGGGUAGUAGGAAGAUACCGGGCUAUGCCAGAUGGAGGCCUCAUUUUGGACAAUGUUGUUCCUGAAGAUUCUGGCAGUUACACCUGUAUUGCUAACAAUGCUGCUGGAGAAGACACACACACUGUCACCCUGGUAGUUCAUGUACUUCCAGCUUUUACAGAACUGCCUGGAGAUGUAGCUUUGACCAAAGGAGAACAACUCAGAUUAACGUGCAGAGCAACUGGGAUACCUGUACCCAAAAUAACAUGGACCUUUAACAAUAACAUCAUUCCAGCACAAUACGACGAUGUAAACGGGCACAGCGAACUCGUUAUUGAAAGAGUAUCUAAAGAUGACUCUGGCACCUAUGUGUGCACAGCAGAAAACGCAGUUGGCUCAAUCAAAGCUAUUGGCUUUGUGUAUGUCAAAGAGCCUCCGGUCUUUAAAGGGGAUUACCCCUCUAGCCGAAUCGAGCCGUUGGGUGGCAACGCUAUCUUGAAUUGUGAAGUCAGAGGAGAUCCACCUCCAACCAUCCAGUGGAGCAAAAAAGGAGUCGGCGUUCCAAUUAGCAACAGGAUCCAACAGCUUAACAAUGGUUCCCUUGCUAUCUACGGCACUGUCAAUGAAGAUGCUGGUGACUACAAGUGUGUGGCUACCAAUGAUGCUGGUGUGGUGGAACGCAGUCUGACGCUGACGCUUCAGAGUCCUCCAGUCAUUACUGUUGAACCUGUAGAGACAGUUGUUGAAGCUGGUGCCACAGCCAUUCUGAACUGCCAGGCAAGUGGAGAGCCUCCCCCAACCAUCCAGUGGUCGCGCCGAGGCGGCCCGGCUGUGAGCGAGGAGAGAGUGGCUGUCCUGUCCAACGGCUCCCUGCGCAUCGUCACAGCACGGAAGGAAGAUACGUCUGAAUAUGAGUGUGUGGCGAGGAAUCUGAUGGGAUCUGUUCUGGUGAGGGUACCACUGACUGUCCAGG